AUGACAACUGAAAUUCCCGAGAUUUUUCGAGAGUUCGAAAAGUAUUAUGUAGCAUCAAAAGUGUUUUCCAAGAUUAACAAAAAGGUUUCCUCUGUUCUGUUAUUCACUUAUCUCGACAAUUGUCUUCUUAAAUUCAAUUAUCAAAAUAAUCCAGACAUAAAAGCAUAUCUUCAAAAGAUUGAAACAGAGUGUGGUGAAUUUCCUGAAGAUGGAGCACGAGAAACACGUAUUAUUGCUGAUGAAAUGUUUUCAAAAUUAACUUUUAUGUUCAUGACGAGCGAAAUCAAUAAAGAAAUGCCUCAACAAUAUUUACUUUGUUCACUAUUGUACUCCGUCCUUGAUGGAAAUGAAGCAAUGGAAAGAGAAAAUGCUUGUUUAUUUGCAGCCUUGAAAAUACACGAAAUACAAAGAACAGGUAAAUCUGUACAGGAGAAAGAUAUUCCACAAUCUUCCCCAGCUCAAACACCGCUUGUUCACAAAGAAACAAAAUAUAAACUCAAGAAUUUCAAGGAGAAGCCAUAUCUCUAUAAGAGGGAAACCGCUCUUGAGUAUCUGAAGAGUCAUGACAUUGAAGUUCCUCAAAAUAUCGAAUAUCCAGAAGAUUUUCAAGAGAUUAUCAUCAGAGAUUUAUCUCAUGCUACAAAUUCUAUCCAUCAUGGUGAUAAAGAAAGAGCAUUGCUAUUCCUUAAGAAAGCCAAGAAAGAAUGGCUGAAUCGCAAAUAA